AUGGACGUGACUCUGGGCGACGAGAGGAAGUUCCGGAUUUACUUUGAAGAAUUCACGAUUAAAUACAGGGAUCCGGAUCUCUUUCAAAAGUUGGAAUCGUCUCUCGAGCAAAGAAACAACCGGAGCUUUGUCACCGCCGAGAUAAUACUCACCCGGAAUGUCACUGAUGUGGGUGUUCAUACGGUCAUGGAUUUUUGGAAACCCAACAGCAAUCAGAAGAAAAAGAUGUACGACAUCCGAGUGGAUGUCUGUCCCAUCCUCAGAAAUGUUCAAAGCAAUAAGUUUUUCAACCUCUACAUAAAGAGUUUCAAGAGACAUAUUAAUUUUAAUCUAGCCUGUCCGUUUAAAUCUAACUACAGCUACAAAUUAACGGAUUGGUUUAUGGAUGAAAUGGAUUUUCCUUCUUUCACUCCCAUUGGAGUAUUUCGGACUGUAACUGAGUACUUUACGAUGAAGAAAAUGGUUAUACGAAUUGUAGCCCAAGGACAGUGCAUUUUAAAGGUCUAG